GCAGGGAGCCCGCGUCCUUUCCCUGGUGUGAUUCCGUCCUGCGCGGCUGUUCUGUGGAACAGUAGUCGUUUCUCUCCGUCCGCCUUCUCUCCCACCUAAGUGCGUGCCACCACCUCAUGGAAGAUUCGAUGGACAUGGACAUGAGCCCCCUGAGGCCCCAGAACUAUCUUUUCGGUUGUGAACUAAAGGCUGACAAAGAUUAUCACUUUAAAGUGGAUAAUGAUGAAAACGAGCACCAGUUAUCUUUAAGAACCGUCAGUUUAGGAGCUGGUGCAAAGGAUGAAUUGCACAUUGUUGAAGCAGAGGCAAUGAAUUAUGAAGGCAGUCCAAUUAAAGUCACACUGGCAACUUUGAAAAUGUCUGUACAGCCAACGGUUUCCCUUGGGGGCUUUGAAAUAACACCACCUGUGGUCUUACGGUUGAAAUGCGGUUCAGGGCCUGUGCAUAUUAGUGGACAGCACUUAGUAGCUGUGGAGGAAGAUGCAGAGUCAGAAGAUGAAGAGGAAGAGGAUGUGAAACUCCUUAGUAUAUCUGGAAAGCGUUCUGCCCCUGGAAGUGGUAGCAAGGUUCCACAGAAAAAAGUAAAACUUGCUGCCGAUGAAGAUGACGAUGAAGAUGACGAUGAUGACGAUGAUGAUGAAGAUGAUGAUGAUGAUGAUUUUGAUGAUGAGGAAGCUGAAGAAAAGGCUCCAGUAAAGAAAUCUAUACGAGAUACUCCAGCCAAAAAUGCACAAAAAUCUAACCAGAAUGGAAAAGACUCAAAACCAUCAACACCAAGAUCAAAAGGUCAAGAAUCUUUCAAAAAACAGGAAAAGACUCCCAAAACACCGAAAGGACCUAGUUCUGUAGAAGACAUUAAAGCAAAAAUGCAAGCAAGUAUAGAAAAAGGUGGUUCUCUUCCCAAAGUGGAAGCCAAGUUCAUCAAUUAUGUGAAGAAUUGCUUCCGGAUGACUGACCAAGAGGCUAUUCAAGAUCUCUGGCAGUGGAGGAAGUCUCUUUAAGAAAAUAGUUUAAACAGUUUGUUAAAAUUUUCCGUCUUAUUUCAUUUCUGUAACAGUUGAUAUCUGGCUGUCCUUUUUAUAAUGCAGAGUGAGAACUUUCCCUACCGUGUCUGAUAAAUGUUGUCCAGGUUCCAUUGCCAAGAAUGUGUUGUCCAAAAUGCCUGUUUAGUUUUUAAAGAUGGAGCUCCACCCUUUGCUUGGUUUUAAGUAUGUAUGGAAUGUUAUGAUAGGACAUAGUAGUAGUGGUGGUCAGACAAAUGGAAAUGGUGGGGAGACAAAAAUAUACAUGUGAAAUAAACUCAGUAUUUUAAUAAAGUA